AGACGAAAAAUGGCGGCUGUAUUGCAGCAAAUAUUGGAGCGAUCGGAAAUUUCUAAACUCCAAAAAACUGUCCUGACUAAGUUAGAGAAGUACAUUGCAGAUCAACAAUGUGAAAUUGACUGUCUAAAGGCACACCAGGAACAAAACCGAGUGGACAGUGAACAACAGUAUUUUGACAUCGAGAAGAAUUUCGCAGAGAGCCAAGCUCACUUUGUGUCCCAGACUCAAGAGCACCAGACACUGAAAGAGGAGUCCAGGAAACUGGAGGAUGAGCUAAAAUGUCUGCAAGAGAAAAAUAAGGACCAGUCGUCUUCCCAUGCUAAACUGGAAUCACAACAGAAUGAAUUAUCUAAAAUCAAAGAUGAGCUGGAGGGGGAAAAGAGAGAGCUCGUGCGGACCUUGGAGAGAAGAUCACAGGAGAUGGAACACCAAAGCGAGGACCUGAAGCGUCUUUCUGACAGACUGUUGGAGGUCAAUGCUGAGAAGAUGCAGCUUCAGCUCAAACUGGAAGAAUCUGAAGCCUCUGCAGUCUCGAUCAAGUAUAAAGAGAAGCGAAUGGAGCAGGAGAAAGAUCUACUCCAGGGUCAAGUGACCUGGCUGAACACCGAGCUCAAAGCCAAGAGCGAAGAGCUGCUGACUCUCUCACGGCAGAGGGGCAGCGAGAUCCUGGAGCUCCAAUGCAGCCUUAACAACAGGGAUGAAAAGAUCACCCGACUCCAAGAUCAGGUGACCAGCCUGAAGGCGUCUAAUGAGAACCUUCAUAGGCAAACAGAGGAAAUGAUCUCCAAGCUAAAAGAGGCAAAGGAACAACAAGCCAGUUUGGAGGAGAAGUUCAGCAAUGAAAUCAAUGCAAAUAUCAAGAUCUCAAAUUUGUAUAAGGGAGCGGCGGGUGAUGCUGAGGCCAAGAGUGAGGAGCUCAGCAAAGCUGUGGAGGAACUUCACAAGCUUCUUAAAGAGGCUGGAGAGACUAAUAAAGCUCUGGAGGUGAAGAUGGAAGAGCUGGAAGAGUGCAAGAACAAGGAAAUUGCUGAACUGAAAGAAAUAAUCCGCAGCCAGGAGAAAGAGUUGGAUAAUGCUAAUGAGCUGCUGUCUGACGCCAAACACAGAGUUUCAGGAGCUUCUUCACAUCUCACAGAGGAGCUGGUGACCACCAUGUCCCCCACCGCAGCAGCGGUAGCCAAAAUCAUCAAACCAGGCAUGAAGCUCACAGAGAUAUAUACAGCUUACGUUGAGGCGCAAGAGCAGUUGCAGCGGGAGAAGCUAGAAAACAAGCGUCUGCACAAGUACCUGGAUGAUAUUGUUCAGGAGAUGGAAGCCAAGGCGCCUAUUCUCAAGAGACAGAGGGAGGAACAUGAGCGCUUGCAGAAGUCUGUGUCUAGUCUCUCUGCUAAACUUGAGCAAGCUGUGGCGGAAGUCCACCGCUUGCAGAAGGAGGCGGAUGAAGCCAACAAAAGUUCUUCUAUGCUGACAAGAGACAACCAGAGACUUGAGGUGCAGCUGGUUGAUACGGCUCAACAGGUUCGGGUUCUCCUAAUCGAGCUGGAGGAGGCACGUGGGAAUCACGUCAUACGUGAGGAGGAGGAUUUUGGUUCGGCUGAUGUGAGCAGUACGUCCGAGGUGAUCUCCCAGCAUCUGGUCACAUUCCGCAGCGUCGAUGAGCUCCAGCAGCAGAACCAGCGCCUCCUUAUGGCCCUCCGAGACCUCAGCGAUGCAAAGGAGAAAGACGAGCUGGGGGGAGACAUCAUGAAACGCAACGAGGUGGAGAAAUAUCUGGAGGAGCUUCAAUGCGAGUUGGAGCAGUUGAAGGAAAAGAGAGCUCAAGAUGUGCAGAAGGUCGAUGCCGUUGCACGACAGAGGGACAUGUUCCGCAUGCUGCUGUCCCAGGCCACCGGCGUCACCUUCCCACAGCAAGGUGCUGUUACUGAGGAGCUCAUGCUGACCUCCACCCCUCGUCGAUCUCCAGCUGUCACACCCACUGCUGCCACCCCUACAACACUGGUUGCCACGGCGAUCGAGAACACUGAGUCUGUAGAGGCCAGGGCUGCCCUGAAGCAGCUGCAAGAAGUCUUCGUGGUGUAUAAGAAGGAAAAAUUAGAGGCUGAGAAGUCUCUGACCAGGCUAAGUGAAAAACUACAGGACCAAGUGACUGAAUUGCGCUCUGAAAACACCAAAAUUGCCACGCAGCUAGAGUUCACCUCCAAACGAUAUGAGAUGCUCCAGGAUAACGUGGAGGGGUACCGUAAGGAGAUAGCUACUCUAAAUGAGAAGAACCAGAAACAGUCUGCAACGAUCCAGCAGAACCAACAGAGCAUACAUACCCUCACUCAAGAUCUGCGUGUUGCAUCUGAGAAACGUGCCCUUGCUGAGCCUGAAGCAGAGAACCUGCGCAAAGAAAGAGACAUGUUGAAGAUGGUUGAGAUCCGACUGACCCAGGAGAAAGAGUCUAUUCAGGCCCAACAGCACGGCCAGAGCUUGCUGCUGUCCAACCUUAAAUCAAUACAGGCAACCCUUGAACGCUCGGAGACCGAAGUCAGGCAGCGUAUGACGGCCCAGAUCGAGAAGCAGGAAAGAGAGAUCACUCAACUGCAGAAGAAACUUGAGAAUGAAGUGGCACAGAAACACCUACUCGCACGCAAUCAAGAUAUGCAGCUGAUGGAUGCUAGGAAACAGCUGGAAACGCAAGCAGCUCAGUACCAGAGGAGCAGAGAACAGCUUAUUUCCACCCAACUGGAGCUGGACAACCUGAGGGUGCAGAUGAGUAGCGGUGAUUUCCGACUUAUGUCACCCACUGCGCACAUAGGUCUGCAUAGUAGAGAAAGUGAGGUGGAGUCUCUGCGUGCCCAGCUGAAUCAUGCAGAAAAAUUGGCAGAUGAGCUGACCGAGCGACUGAAAAACGCAACUGCAAGUAUGGAACAGUACAAAGACAUGUGUCUGAACCUGGAGGAAUCUCUGGAUAAAGAGAAACAGGUAACUGAGGAGGUCCGCACAUCUGUUGAAAGCCAGUUGGAGGUGGCUCGAGAGCAGUACAAACAACUGGAACAAACGCUCGUGGAGGUGGAUAAGGAGAAGCAGAGCUUGCAGGAGGAGAGGAACAAAGCUGUCGCUGCCGUGGAGGAGCAGCUGAGCGAGCUGAGAAAGUCUCUGAGCAGCCUGCAGGCAGAGCACCAGAGCAUCCUGGAGAGAGCAUCCAUUUCUGCCGCCCAAGAGCAGCAGGCCAUCCUGGACGGUCAGGAGCAAGCCAAACUUGCGGCCGAGGCCCAGGAUAAGUACGAGCAGGAGAUGUUGCUGCACGCGGCUGACGUGGAGGCCAUGCAGGCUGCCAAAGCUCAGGCUCUGCAGGUUUCUCUUCUCAAACAGCAGCUGGAGGAGAAGAUCCAGAGAACCAGCGCACAGCUGCUGGAGGGUCGUAUCUCCUGGGAGGAGCAAGAGAAACUUCUUAAGGAGGAACAGGGCAAGUUAGAGUCUCGCUGUGAGGAUAUGCAAAGGCAGAACGACCUCCUCCACGAGCAGAUUCAGAAUCUGAGUGGCCAGCUGGCCGGUCUGCUGCAGAGAGCAGCCAAUGAGAGUCCCCUUAACAUCUCGCUAACGGAGGAGGGCAAGUCUCAGGACCAGCUCCUGGAGAUCCUCAGGUUUGUGCGGCGAGAGAAGGAGAUCUCAGAGUCUCGGUAUGAGGUGGCUCAGGGGGAGAGUCUGAGGCACAGGCUGAGAGUGGAGCAUCUGGAGAGAGAGCUGAAGGACCUGCAAGAGAACAUGAAUGCUGAGAGAGAGAAGAUGCAGGUGACUGCAAAGACACUGGCUCAGCAUGAUGAGCUAAUGAAGAAGACUGAGACCAUGAAUGUGCUCAUGGGAACCAAUAAGAUGCUGAGAGAGGAGAAGGAGAAGCUUGUGCAAGAACUGGAGGAGACUCAGGCCAAGAUGCGGAAACUGGAGUCAGAUGUCAAACCCAUGCAGGAGUCCAUCACGGAGCUGAGCGAGAAGAGCGGCGUCUUACAGGCAGAGAAGAAGCUUCUGGAAGAGGACAUCAAACGUUGGAAAGCUCGUACUCAGCAUCUGGUGAGCCAGCAGAAAGACACUGACCCAGAGGAGUACAAGCGCCUGCAUUCUGAGAGGGAGGUGCACAUUAAACGGAUCCAGCAACUCACAGAGGAAAUAGGCCAGCUCAAAAAGGAGGCUAGCAGGAGCAGUGGGUCAUUGACCAUGCUGCAGUCUCAGGUACAGAACCUAAGGGAGAACCUUGCGAAGGUGAUGCUGGAGAAAGACACUCUAAAGAAGGACCAGGAGGCCAAAGUUCUGGACAUUCAAGAGAAAGUCAAAACCAUCACGCAGGUCAAGAAGAUUGGCAGGCGGUAUAAAACUCAGUAUGACGAGCUCAAGGUUGAAUAUGACAAGCUGGUAGCCGCUGCAGCUUCCACACCAGCUCAGGAUCAAGAAGCCCAGCAAGCAUCCGCUCAAGAACUUCAAGCCCUCAGGGAGUCCCUCAGCCAAUCAGGAAACCGGUCAAGGGAACUCGAAGGCCAGCUGGAGAACCUCAAUAGGACCGUGAGCGAGCGGGAAGCAGAGGCACGCAGUGCACAGGAACACGGCUCUCGUCUGCAGGGGGAGCUAACGCGCCUCAGACAGGAGAUUCAUGAGAAGUGUUCUCAAGAGGAGCGGCUCAGACAGCAGCUGGGUGAAAAGGAGGAGAGGACCAAGAAGGCUAUAGUAAUGGCAAAGCAGAAGAUCUCCCAGCUUACCAGUCAAAAAAAUCAGCUCCAGAAUGAAAACGAAGAACUUAAGCAACAAAAAGAGGAGCUUAAGCAACAGAAAGAGGAGCUGGAGGUACGUGUUAACGCACUGAUGUCUCAAUAUGAGGGACGCUUUAGCAGACAGGAGAGAGAGCUGCGAGACCUUCGCGAGCAGCAUGAGAGACAUGGAGAGCAGAGAGACGAGCCCGUGGAGCAGGGCUCCAGCAAGACCCAUGAACAGCAAAGGACAACAGAACAGCGACAGAUCUCCCUAAAGACCACACCAGUGGCUGAAAGAGGAAGCGCAAGCACUUCUGAAACUCCAACUGCCAACAUAAAACCCACACCGGUGGCAGCAACACCCAGCAAGCCUCCCGCCAUCCCUGGGAAUAAAUCAACCCCGAGGGCCAGCAUCAAACCCAUGAUCACGCCUGCCCCGUUGCCUACCCCUACACCCACUGCCACAGUCAUGCCCACAACACAGGUGGAGAGCCAGGAAGCAAUGCAGUCAUCUGAAGCUCCGAUGGAGCAUGUGACGGUGUAUGGUAGUGCGAGCGGUUCAGUGAGGUCAACUAGUCCUAAUGUUCAGACCUCGUUGGCUCAACCUUUGCUAAACGUUCAACAGCAAAGCCAAGCCACUGCAUUUAUUCAGCCUACCCAGCAGCAAACUCAGCCUCCUGCCGAACCGUCCAACCAGGAGCCGGCAGCUGCUGUUAUGAUACCGGCCUCACAGUUAGACAGGCCUCUGUCGACAUCCACUGGUAUCUGGAGCACAGCGGCUAGUACAAGCAGUACUAGUACAGUGACCGCUUCUUCCAGUAACACCUUGAACAAACGUCCUCGUGAAGAAGAGCAAGAGACCAUUUUAGCUGACACACAGUCCCAGGAUGAACCCAUUGACACCCCAAUUUGCAAAAGGGUCCGCAUCCAUAGAGUCGGCCUAGAGGAAGAAGGCUUGACUGAGGACAGCACCGAGGCUGAGAGCGUUGUACCAGGGGAGAGCCAAGACACCUCUGAUGCUGGACAGGAGUUUGAGAGCUAUACUUUGGAGAUGAUGGAUGAGAUGCCAGGACCAUCGCAGUCUGUUCCUGGAGAUCAACUUCUGCCACAUACCUUUGAGAGCCAUCGAAGCCCAGAGGGGACCGAGCAUAACGUCAUAGUCAUUGGUAGUGACACAGACAGUGAGGAAGACCAUGAAGAAUCAGAGGAGGAGGAGGAGGACGAAGAGGAGGAAGAAGAGCCGGAUUAUGGAGAGGAAGAGGAGGAAGAGGAGGAGGAAGAUGAUGAUGACGAGGAAGAUGAUGGUAUCGGGGAAGAGGAGAGCAAUGAAGGGAGUGGAAGUCGAGAUGGCGAUGAGGUCUAUGAGGGCGAUGACACAGAGGGUCCAGAUCCCACAGAUCCAGGAACUGAGACUGAGGAAAGUCUCGGAGCGACAGACUCCACCCAACGUUUGGCAGAUUCUCAGAGCACCAGCUUUGAAACGGGCACAUUGGAGGCCUUUGCAGCAGAUCCAUCUGUCACCAGCUCCGCCCCCCGAGUGCCACUAUCACCCAGGAGGCCCCAGCACUCUCUGCCACCUCGACUUAACAUCUUAUGCACAUCUGCUCAAGAGUUUGGACCACCUGCUCAAGUCCAGCGUCUCCCAGUUCGCCAUCAGACAGCAGGGCGAGGCCUUCACCUUAACCCUGGAAUGGCCAGUAGUGAACAACAGCAUUUCUUCGAAGAGGAUGAUAGGAUGGUUCCCAGCACUCCUACACUACUUCCUCCUCGCUCUGAAGGAUUUGCUGAAGCAAUGCAUUAUACACAGGUCGCAGGUGUGUCGCGGUUUCGCUUUGGCCCUUCAGAUGACCUCCCACAGGCCACCUCCACCCAUUCAGACCCUGGCCAGAUACCUUCACAAGGUUUAGGCAUGUAUGAAAGUUCUGUUUUCCUUGGCGGUCAUGAGGAUGAGUCAGGGGGGCGCAGCGUGCCCACAACCCCACUACAGAUCUCCGCUCCAGUGACUUUUCUAUCAGGUACGUCUGAAGUGACCGAACAUGCUUCUCAGUCUGUGCCCAUGGUGAGCACCUCCACUCCUGGUCUGAGCGCUCCAGCGGGCCCUAGUGGCAUGGAGGACCGAGACGAUAUGUUCAUGGAGGCAGCAGGAGACAGUGCUGAAGCUUCAUUCGAGCCCGUGUCUCAAACUGAGGCAGAUGAACCAGCACAGCCUUCAGAUGAGGCCAGUCUACCCUCCACUAGCCAGGAACCUUCCUCUAGUUCUGCAGAUACGAGCAGCUCUCAGCCUCCCAAAGCGAGAACUGGGUCGGGCAGACAGUGGACUACCGGUCGUUCUGGCAGGAAUUUCGUAAGGAGACGUGGAUCAGGUGUGACGGGUGUGAGGGGACGUUUUGCCAGAUGAAGCAUCUCCAUUCCAGUCGCUGCAUCAACGCAAUGUUAACUGACACUGUUUCAAAAAAGCAGCCUGAUCAUUGUUCUGCUUCAAGGCUUAAUUCAGUGAAUUAUAAUCGUGUUCUCUUUUUGUCGGUUGUGACCAACCCUUUUAUUUUAAGAAUUUUACAUCCGUACAAUAAAAUAUUUUGCUUUGGAAUAA